GCGGAGCCUGUGUGACCGGAAGUGACGUUCUCCCUCAGACAGGAACUCUAGCCUUGUUUGAGUGUUCUGUGCUGUUAUUGUGCUUAGAGGAAAGAGCGGCUCCCAGUAGCAGCGGACGGUCACCGGGGGACAGGAGGCAGCAUGUCUGACCAGGAAGCCAAACCAUCCAGUGAGGACUUGGGAGAUAAGAAGGAAGGAGGCGACUACAUUAAACUGAAAGUAAUUGGCCAGGACAGCAGCGAAAUUCAUUUUAAGGUAAAGAUGACGACGCACCUGAAAAAACUGAAAGAGUCCUACUGUCAGAGACAGGGUGUGCCCAUGAAUUCACUAAGGUUUCUUUUUGAAGGGCAGAGGAUUGCAGAUCACCAGACCCCUAAAGAGCUGGGCAUGGAGGAAGAAGAUGUUAUUGAGGUUUAUCAGGAACAGACUGGGGGCCACUCGUUGAUUUAACUUUUUGUUUUGUUAUUUUUAAUUUGGAAAUUUUUUGACAUUCUGGAUUUAUUUUAUUUUUUUUAUUUUGUAAUAAGUUGUUUACCUUCCCCCGUUGUAAGGGUUCCUUUCUUGUUGUAAUCCACUUGCUGGCUUCACCUUAACAUCACAUCAUUUCAGCAGCCACACUAUGUACCAAGAUGAGCAGCAUCUGCACACUUCACCAGUUCAAGCCUUUUUGUCAUCUUUGCCUCUGGGCUACAAGGAUCCAGCUUGGAGUCUACAUGGCAACAUUGUGACAAGAGGAAAGAACUUACUGGGGACUCUUGCUUCAUAUUAAAGUUGAAUAACAUUGUGUCCUUGAUAUUUAUAUAGGUAAACAGCUCCAUUGGGGAAAUGUUCUUCUCCACUAUUAAAAUUCUGUUUGAAAAUGGGAUGGGUGGAUAUAUAGACAAAAUUUUAUGAGAACACCGAAAUAAAGUUUCUCUUGUUUUAGUUAA